AUGCGGUGGGUAUAUAAGCACGCGCAUACAACGUGUACACAGUAUACACAGUGUUGUAGUGAGAGGGCAGGCAAUGGCGCGUACAAAGGUGAGGCGGAGGGCGGAGGGGAGUGGCCGGUGCUAACGGGUGCAGCAAACAGCACGGAAGUCGACGGGGGGGAAGGCGCCGCGAAAGCAGCUGGCGACAAAGGCGGCGCGGAAGUCCGCGCCAACGACGGGCGGCGUCAAGAAGCCGCACCGGUACCGUCCAGGGACGGUCGCGCUGCGGGAGAUCCGGCGGUACCAGAAGAGCACGGAGCUUCUGAUCCGGAAGCUGCCGUUUCAGCGACUUGUGCGCGAGAUCGCGCAGGAUUUCAAGACAGACUUGCGGUUUCAGUCGUCAGCGAUCGGCGCGCUGCAGGAGGCCGUCGAGGCGUAUCUCGUCUCGCUCUUUGA